UAAGGGUAAGAAAAGAAAUGAAAGAAAGAGAAUAUAUUAGCUGGCGAAGGAAGGAGUCGCCCAGAGCAACGGAACCCUUCCCCCUUGAGGUCAGCUAGUAUUAGCAACCCUCUUAUUCACUUUCACCACACAACAGCUCCCUUCCUCUAUCUAUCUAUUAUUUCAAUUUCUUCCAGAUCUUGAUUCAUUGCAUUGGGAUUGGGUGGGCUUUAAGUGCAGCGCUUCCACCCCCAACGAUCGUGAUUUGAUUUCCGACCCUAGGUUAGGUUUCAAGAGGGAAAAACCACACUGGCGCCACUUGUUUGUGCUAGCUCCAGCUAACAUAACCUCUUUUUUUUAAUAUACUCUCUUUCUCAUCUCUGUUCUCGUUUCGGCUGAGGCUUUGCUUCACUAUGGCGGACUCAGUUGAUGUGAUUUUGGACUUUCUUAGGAGGAAUCGUUUCACCAGAGCUGAGGCUGCUUUGCUCACUGAGAUCAAUAAUCUUCCCGACUUGAAUGCCAAUCCUCAAGGUCUAGAACUCAUUGUCAAGGAAAUAGAGUGUGGGAAUGGUAAUGCCCAUUUGCAAGCAACUUCUGCUCCCUCUAUUCUUUUCUCCAACACUUCCGAGGAGGAUUUUUUAUACUCGCGGAACUUCAACCCCUCCACUGUUCCUGUUAAGCCCUCUGUAUCUCAAACUAAUGAAGCUGUUGAUGUAAUUGCCGCCAAUACCAAUUCAAAGUCCUGGUCUGUGGAGGAAAAUGCUGUAUCCAUGUGGCCUGCUAGUAGUAGUAAAACCUCUGUUGUGCAAAGCAAACAACCUAUGGAACUUGAUCGCCAACUUAAAUUCAAUACUCCAUCUCUUAAAGUGAACUUUACAGAUUAUCCCUGGUCAAGAACGGAUGACAAUAUGAAUUCGUCUUCAGACUCCGCCAAAGAUUGUUCUGUCAAGACUAUCUUCCCCUUCUCUAAAGGGGAUAUGUCUUCAAGCUUUGGUGCUGUCACUUAUUCUGACAAAAAAGAGGAGAAAAAAAAGGUAGAAAUUAGUGAUACUAGGACAUCAUCUAUUAAAGAGCAGGUGGGUGAACUGGGGAGGCCUAUUUACUUGGUCAAGACACCAGGCAGUUCUGAACAGAAGAUCAUAGGCAGCUUAAGUUUUCCUCUCCUCCCUGAAAAUCAGAAGGAAGAGUUUCCUAGCCUUCCUCCGGUUAAACUCAAGUCAGAUGACAAGCCCUUGGUUGUUAAUUGGGAGGAGAAGUUUGAGCGAGAUGGACCAACCUCAAAACUCCCUGGUGCUGAUAGCACUUUGCUUAUUGGUUCGUAUCUGGAUGUACCUAUCGGACAGGAAAUUAACCCUUCAGGUAUGAGGAGGGCUACAGGGGGCAGUUGGUUAUCUGUAAGUCAAGGGAUAGCAGAGGAUACAUCUGAUCUUGUAUCAGGAUUUGCUACAGUUGGUGAUGGGUUGAGUGAAUCUAUUGAUUAUCCGAAUGAAUUUUGGGACUCCGAUGAAUAUGAUGAUGAUGAGGAUGUUGGGUACAUGAGACAACCUAUUGAGGAUGAGGCCUGGUUUUUGGCGCAUGAAAUUGAUUACCCUAGUGACAAUGAAAAGGGGACUGGACAUGGAAGUGUUCCAGAUCCUCAGGAAAGAGGUCCAGCCAAAGAUGAGGAUGAUGAUCAAUCUUUUGCUGAGGAGGAUUCUUACUUUUCCGGGGAACGAUAUCUUCAGGAAAAUAAUGUUGUACCUGUCACUACUACUGAUGAUCCUAUUGGUGUAACACUUACUGAGUAUGGAAGGACUAAUGAUAAUGAUUUAAUGGCUCAAUAUGAUGGACAAUUGAUGGAUGAAGAAGAAUUGAACUUGAUGUGUGCAGAACCGGUCUGGCGGGGCUUUGUCCCUCAGACAAAUGAACUCAUCAUGCUAGGAGAUGGGAGGGUUUUGAAUGAUAAUCUAAGAUCACGGCUAGAGGACAUCAAUAUGGAUGAUGAUCAACAUGGUUCAGUUAGGUCAAUUGGGGUAGGGAUCAACAGUGAUGCUGCAGAUAUUGGUAGUGAAGUGCGUGAAAGUUUGGUUGGUGGUAGUAGUGAAGGAGAUUUAGAAUAUUUCCAUGAUCGUGAUGCAGGACUUGGUGGCUCCAGACACUCUCAUCAUGAUUUGGAUAAGAAAUCUACUAACAAAUCAAACAAAAAUAAGAACAAUGAAAAGAGUGAGUCAAAUAAAUAUGUCAUAGGAUGUGACAAAGAUGCACCAUUGCAGAUGAAAACUCAUGGUGAUGGAAACUUUUCAUUUCCCCUAUCUUUGAAGGAUGGUCAGAUGAUUCAGGCUUCCACCAAUAAGUCCCUGUGGUCAAAUAACGGCAACGCAGAUGAUGCUGAUGACUGUCUUAGUGCAAUUGUGGAAACUGAUGACAUGCUUGCUUUGUGGAGGCGAAAGAGCAGCGAUUCGUCACCUGUUAAAAGUUCUAGGGAUGAGAAUAAUGCCAACUUUGUAAGAUCCACAAACUCUUCUCCAACAACAGUCUCAAAUUAUGGGUAUUCUGAAAGAGAGCAUGUGAAAGUAGAAGAAGAUGAAAAGACUGGAAUUGCAAGGGAAGAUGAUCUAGGAGCAUCGCUAGAGGAUGAAGAGGUAGCUGCUGUGCAAGAGCAAGUAAGGCAGAUAAAGGCACAGGAGGAGGAAUUUGAAACCUUCAAUCUAAAGAUUGUUCACAGAAAAAACAGAACUGGCUUUGAGGAGGACAAGAAUUUCCAUGUUGUUUUAAAUUCUGUAAUAGCUGGAAGGUAUCAUGUUACUGAAUAUUUGGGAUCUGCUGCAUUUAGCAAAGCUAUACAAGCUCAUGACCUACAUACAGGCAUGGAUGUUUGUGUUAAAAUUAUAAAAAACAACAAGGACUUUUUUGACCAAAGUCUUGACGAGAUCAAGCUUCUCAAGUAUGUCAAUAAGCAUGAUCCUGCAGACAAGUAUCACAUUCUUCGAUUAUAUGAUUAUUUCUAUUAUCGAGAACAUUUGUUAAUAGUAUGUGAACUACUUAAAGCAAACUUGUAUGAGUUUCAUAAAUUUAAUAGAGAAUCAGGUGGUGAAGUGUACUUUACAAUGCCAAGAUUGCAGUCAAUUACCAUUCAGUGUUUGGAAGCUCUUCAGUUUUUGCAUAGCCUUGGACUAAUACACUGCGACUUGAAACCAGAGAAUAUUUUGGUUAAAAGCUAUAGUAGGUGUGAGGUGAAGGUCAUUGAUCUUGGAAGUAGUUGUUUUGAAACAGAUCACCUUUGCUCUUAUGUUCAGUCAAGGUCCUAUCGUGCUCCUGAGGUUAUUUUGGGACUUCCAUAUGACAAGAAGAUUGAUAUCUGGUCUCUUGGCUGCAUCUUGGCAGAACUUUGUACUGGCAAUGUCCUCUUCCAAAAUGAUUCACCUGCAACAUUACUUGCUCGGGUGAUUGGGAUCAUUGAUCCAAUUGAUCAAAGUAUGCUUGCAAAAGGACGCGACACAUAUAAGUACUUCACCAAAAAUCACAUGCUUUAUGAAAGGAAUCAGGAAACCAACCGGUUAGAAUACUUGGUACCAAAAAAGACAUCCUUGAGGCAUAGAUUGCCAAUGGGAGACCAAGGCUUCAUUGACUUUGUUGCUCACUUGCUAGAAGUCAACCCUAAGAAGCGGCCCUCUGCAUCUGAGGCCCUGAAGCAUCCAUGGUUGUCAUACCCAUAUGAACCCAUAUCAUCUUGAAAUAUAUGGAGGGUUCUUUAUGGUGAUAAUGUCACCUACCUAAGUUGGGUUAUGUUCAUGUUUCAACCCCACUGACACAUCCUCGCUGCUUUUCAUGAUCUAUUUUAAAGAUAAAAUGGAAAGAGUUGUGCUGUGCCCUUCCACAUUUAUGCAUACUGCAUUGGAAGGUGUUUUGGUUUUGUGGAAAAUGUCUGUCUCCUUCCCCUAACCAUACGAUCAAAUGAUGUAAUUUUGCACGGAAGGUGUAAUGUUAGGUUUCUGCUUUCUUUGUUCUGCUGGACAGGGAAAUCGUAGAAUCUUCUUGUACAUGGUGUGUGAUAAUUCUUUUAGGCUAUCUGGUAAUAUUUUUGUGAUACAGAUACUAAAGCCAAUUUUGCAUGGCGUGUGACACCAUACUUGGGAGGAACAUGAAACUCAAAUUGCCUGUACUUACUGUUUGGAGCAAUCAAAUUGUAUCUUGAUAGUGUUAAGUAAGGAACAGUGUUAGGUUUUA